GAUUCGACCGUAACUUCUGGAUUGUGAACACGCGAGGUGGAGAUGCAGACUUUUUUGAAAGGCAGAAGAGUGGGUUACUGGCUCAGCGAGAAGAAGAUGAAGAAGCUGAAUUUUCAGGCCUUUGCUGAUUUGUGCAGGUAGGCUACUGUAUGUGCUGACAACAAUGUAGCUACUGGUGGUUACAUUUCAGUCUACUGUACAGUAGUUACAGUCCUGGAGGGAUACAGCCAGCAAUCUGGUGCGAGAUACAUUGUAGUAGCUAGUACUAGUAGUGGUGUAGCUAUUUGUUACAAAUAUCCAGUCUUAAAAACAUGGGUAAUCACUUCUUUAAAUGUGCCCAAAUGGCGCUACUAUUGUAUUAUGACCUCAAGAACCAAGUGUUGCAUCCAUCAUUUCUUGUUUUAACUGAUUAUAUUUUGGAGGAGUACACAUUUUGAACAUUAAUUGAAGAGGAUAUUACAUAAAUUCAGUGUGAGCUCGAGCUCAAUUUGCAUCUAUCAUGUAACAGUGUCUGCUGGCCGUUUUGGAGCACUGUUGGGGACAAGUGAUAGGCCAAGUGCAUUUCUCAGUGUCUCUGAAGAGACUGCAUUUUUCUGUAGGAAACAAUCACAGGGAUUGUAGUGACUUGAGCAACUCGAGCCUGCUGUGAGGUUGCCCGUUGGGCAGGUUAUGAACAAUAAAUAAAAACAUUUGAAAA